UGUCAAUCCGUAAUUUCCGCUUCUGACGUUUCCGUUUUUCUUUUACAGAAAUCAACAUGCCUCCGAAGAAGGACGCGAAGUCUUCGUCCAAACAGCCCCAGAAGACUCAAAAAAAGAAGGAAGGGUCUGGAGGUGGCAAAGCCAAGAAGAAGAAGUGGUCCAAAGGAAAAGUUCGUGACAAGUUGAACAAUCAAGUUCUUUUUGAUAAAUCAACUUAUGAUAAAUUAUAUAAGGAAGUUCCCUCAUAUAAAUUGAUUACUCCUUCAGUUAUAUCUGAACGUUUGAAAGUUCGUGGGUCUCUCGCACGUAGGGCUCUCAUUGAGCUCCAACAGAAAGGUCUUAUCAAGCAAGUUGUACAACAUAGAGCGCAACUUAUUUACACAAGGACAACUAAGGGAGAUGAUCCUGUUGCAUAGAUGAUAAGAUAAAAUGUAUGUCUAAAAAAUUAAAGAAAAAAAUUUC